AUGUUUCUUUCAAUUCUUUUUCUUUGGAUGCCUAUUCUGUUAUUCAUAGCCACUGCAACUGAAUUUAAAAUCAAUCACUGUGACCUUAACACCACCAGCCAUACAAACAAUUCCAUUUUUUAUUCAAAUGUUAUCCAAGUCCUUGACUCACUUGCUUCACAGACCACCAUCAAUGAUCAGCAAUUCAUAAACAAGAGUACUGGUAUUCGACCGGACAUAGCCUACGGUCUCUACCUUUGUAGGGCUGAUGUUCUUGCAAACGACUGUCAUAACUGUUUGCUCAGAGCCCGUGAUGAUAUCAACAAGACAUGCCCCUUGUCAAAAGCAGCCGUGUGGUGGACCGACACCUGCAUGUUACGUUAUGCAAAUUAUUCAAUGGUCUCAGUGAUGAAUUCUGCUACUUUUUUCGAGAUCUAUAAUGACGUUAAUAUUUCAGAAGUGGCUAAUGAGCAAAAUCAAUUUUCGCUAGUUGCUAAUAAUCUUAUGGUUCAACUAUCAAAACGUGCAUCAAAUGAUAUGAAAAAGAUGUUUGCAUACGAUGAAGUAUCCUACAAUGACGAAAAGAUUUAUGGAUAUGUCCACUGCACACCGGAUUUAUCAGGUUCUGAUUGUAAUAAAUGUCUUCAAGUGAGUGUAGAUCGUUUGCGUCCGUACUGUUAUGGGAGAAAAGGAGGACGAUUGGUGGCCGCGAGUUGCAAUGUUAGAUUUGAGAUCUAUAAGUUCUUACAAUUCCCAACAGCCUCAUCAGACAAACCAGGUUUAUAA